AUGGGUUCGACAACCGAGAAUGAGGUUCGCUCGGACGAUGAGCGUCCGCCGUCCAUUGUGUAUGGCCCAGCGACACCGAUACCUUUGACGAUGACCUUCAGUGAAUUACUGGACCACCAUGCAGAAGUUCGAGGCGAACGACCGGCGGUCAUAUCCCAUCCACAGCAAGGACGGGUUGUUUCAUUUCGACAGCUUCAGGACAGAAGCAAACAGCUCGCGCAGGCAAUGGCCAAUGAUGGAAUUGGGAAAGGAGACCUUGUGGCAAUCUCUCUUGGAAGCCGUGUCGAGUAUUUCGAGACAUUCUUCGCUUGCACAAGGCUCGGUGCGGCGCUGGUGCUUCUCAAUUAUGCAUACGCAGAAUCGGAGAUGUUGGCCUUGUUGAAGAUCGUUAAGCCGAAGAUGAUGGUAGCAUCACCAGGGUUUGCAUACUACGACAACACGAAGGUAUUACCGAAAAUCGCCUCAGAAAUUCCCUCGGUGAAGAAAUUCGUUAUUAUGGACGACAUCGAUGGCAAGUAUGUGCUUUCAGGGCCAUUAGAUCGAUCUGUAAAGUACGAGGAGUACAUUUCACAGGCUGGCUCGGCUGGUCUGCCUUCGGUCUCGAUAUCGCCGCACGAUAUGGUCAACGUGCAAUUCACUUCAGGGAGCACCGGCUUACCAAAAUCUGUCGCCUUAUCACAUUACAACAUCAUGAACUGUGGUCGCUACAUCUGGCAACAAACCCGGAUGACUGACCAGGAUCGUAUCUGUCUUCCUGUUCCACUUUUCCAUUCUUUCGGCAUGAUAGUCGGCAUUAGCUCGAGCACUGUUGCAGGCUCUGCUCUUAUUCUACCAAGCGAAAUUUACAACGCCAGCAAGACUUUGCAGUGUAUUCAGGACUACAAGUGCACGGCCAUCUACGGAGUGCCAACGAUGUUUGUCACUGAAAUGGAAAAACCAGAGUUCGACUCCAUCGACAGAUCGACCAUCAAGUUUGGUAUCAUUGCAGGGGCAGCUAUGCCACCCGAGCUUCUCAGACGAAUCGUAACUAAAUUCCCAGUCCCAAGGCUGUACACGUGUUGGGGCAUGACUGAGCUGAGCUCAUUCGUGACUAUGAUGCAUGAGACCGAUCCCUACGAAAAGAGGAUCAAGACUGCAGGCAGACUAUUCCCGCAUUUCGUUGCCAAGAUCGUCAAGCCUGAUACAGGCAAAGUACUCCCAUGGGGCGAGAAGGGAGAGAUUGUUGCUAGCGGAUACGGACAAAUGUCGGAAUACUUGAACAACAAGGAGAAAACUGACGAGACCCUUCGAUAUCACCAGGAAGAUUUGGAGCCUGGUGGUGUCGGAGGCCUUGGCGACGGCGCUGUGCUUCGAAAAUGGAUGCACACCGGCGACGAAGGAUUUCUCGACCCAGAAGGAUACUUCAUCAUAUCUGGCCGCAUCAAAGACUUAAUCAUCCGCGGCGGCGAGAACAUCUCACCCAUGGAGAUUGAAGACCGACUCGUCGAACACGAAGCCGUGGUGCAAGCUUCAAUAGUUGGCGUGCCAGACGAGAAGUACGGCGAAGAACUUGGGGCUUUCGUCGAGCUGAGGCAAGGCUGCAAGCAACCCAGCGACGACGAACUUCGAGCAUUCGUCAGAGAGAAGCUCGCAAGGUUCAAGGCGCCCCGGUACUUCUUCUGGCUUGGAGAUGGCAAAGCACCAGACGAGUGGCCCAAGACCACAAGCGGCAAGGUCUCAAAGCCUGAUCUGAGGAAGAUGGUGAAAAGCUUGCUAUAG